ACCUCCCGCCGGCGCCGCCCUCGCCCGCCCCCGGCAAAGAUGGCGUGGCGAGCGCUGCGGCGGGUCGGGCCGGUGCUGGCGCCGCGCUGCCCGCUCCUCUCGCUGCCGCCGCGGGAGCCCGCGGCCCGCAGGCUGGGCACCAGCUCGCUGCUGCUGGCCGCCCGCAAGUUCACAGACAAACAUGAGUGGAUAUCUGUGGAAAAUGGCAUUGGAACAGUAGGAAUCAGCAAUUUUGCACAGGAAGCAUUAGGAGACGUUGUUUACUGUAGUCUUCCAGAAGUUGGGACAAAAUUGAGUAAACAUGAUGAGUUUGGGGCUUUGGAAAGUGUGAAAGCUGCUAGUGAACUCUACUCCCCUCUCUCAGGAGAAGUGACUGAGAUUAAUGCUGCCCUUGCAGAUAAUCCAGGGCUUGUCAAUAAAUCCUGCUAUCAAGAUGGUUGGCUUAUCAAGAUGACUGUGGCAAACCCUGCUGAACUUGAUGAACUGAUGACCGAAGAUGCCUAUGAGAAAUACAUAAAAUCCAUUGAGGACUGAGCUGGAAUAAUGAAAUAAAUUCAUACAAAAUAUCUCA